AUGGGAUUGGAGGAUUUUGAAAAAGAGCUGGCGCAAGGCAAAUCACAGGAAUCAAGAGAGCAUAGGCAGCGAGACCGAGACGAAGAGCGGAAGCACCACCGUCACCACCAUCGUUCACAUCAUGAUAAGGAGCGGGACGAUGAGCGACGUCACAAACGCCAUAGAGACCGCACAGAUGAUGAUGACCGGAGAGAGCGACGUCACAAAAGACAUCGCAGCGGGUCGCCUAGGCGGGACAGACGCGAGAGAGAUGAUGGGCGUGGGCACCGGAGCCGCGAGACGCAGAGCGAUAAUCCGGUAAAAGUCUUCGACAAGGGCGAUGAAGAUGAUGGGGACGAGUGGGUGGAGAAGGAAUCCGUCGUAGCACCGCCACAGGAGAACCUGCUCGACCAGCGAGACCAGGAUCUCAAGAGCACACAGGUCCCACAGCGUGAUGCCUGGAUGCAAGAACCUGGUGCGCUCGACGUGGACUACGUACAGCGCAAGCCCAAGUCACCGCCCCGUGGUCAAUUUGUCAGUGCCAAAGACACCCAUGACUUCAAGGUCCAGGAGAGCGACAUCAAUCGCCAUCUUGCGGACCUCCAAAACGACUUUGACUCGGAGGGAGAGGGAGAGGGAGAGGGAAAGGGGACAGACGAUAAGAUUAAGGAUGUACCUGCUCAGCACGAGGUUACUUACACGUUCGGCGACAGUGGUAGCUCAUGGCGAAUGACAAAGCUUCAAGCGGUCUAUCGCCAAGCGAAGGAGAGCGGCAAGAGUAUUGAUGAUGUAGCAUUGGAGCGAUUUGGAGACAUGCGAGAGUUCGACGACGCUCGCGAAGAGGAGCGUGAGCUAGACAGGAGGAAGAUGUAUGGAAAGGAUUAUGUCGGCCUCGAGAAGCCUUCCGGCGAAUUCUACCAGGAGAGAAAGAUGGCAGCCGAAAAGUUACGUGGUGCUCAAGAUGCUGCAGCUGCAACCGAAAAUGCCUCGCGACCCCAAUCAGAGGUAUUGGCAGAAGUCCUGCCAGCUACUACGACCACGCCGUUGGAUGUGUCGGCCUUGAACAAGCUCAAGGCUCAGGUGAUGAAGGCAAAACUUCGCAAUGCUCCCAAUGCCGCCGAACUCGAGAAGGAGUUCAAUCUGGCCCAAAAACUGGCGAAUUCCUCGCAAUCUGAUGUCGUGGUUCUCAGCACCAUGGAAAACCGCAUGCUUGCCGGGGAUCGCUCCGGCGAGGUGAUUGCCAUAUCGGGCAAGCGCGGUCGCGAGCGUGGCUUGGUCAAGGAGAAUGAAGACAUGUCAAUUGAGGACAUGGUCAAGCAUGAAAAACGAACCAGAGGCGCGAAUGGCGGCGAGGGCAGAGCAUUCGCCGAGCGCAUCGCCAAGGACGGCAAGUUCAAGAAUGAUCUGGACUACAUGGAUGACAAUGCGACGGACUUGUCGAAGAAAGUGGUCAAAUCUGACACGAAUUUGCGGAACGCUGCCGUGGGAGAUUUCCAGAAGAUGCAGAGAGUUCUAGAGAAUUGCCCGCUUUGCUAUCACGAGGAGUCAGGUCAGCCCCCUGUGGCUCCGGUCGUCAGUCUCGCGACUCGCACAUACAUGACACUCGCUACGGAGCCUGAGAUUGCAAAGGGUGGGGUAGUUAUUGCGCCCAUACAACACCGACUGAACCUCCUCGAGUGCGAUGACGAUGAGUGGGAGGAAAUCCGAAACUUUAUGAAGUCACUCACACGAUUCUAUCACGCUCAAGAUAAGAGUGUGAUCUUUUACGAGAAUGCUGCUUUCAUGUCGAGCCGAAAAGGUCACGCGGCUCUCAAUGCUAUCCCGCUUCCUCAUCACUUGGCUGAGAAUGCUCCUGCCUACUUCAAAGAAGCCGUUCUGGCGUCUGAUGAACAGUGGAGCCAACACAAGCCUAUCAUUGAUACUCUGGCGCUGGUACAGAGGGCAGGGUAUGGUAAGGCGGCUUUCCGCAAAGCCAUGGUGAAGGAAAUGCCAUACUUUCAUGUCUUCUAUUCGCUGGACGGCGGUAUGGGUCAUGUUAUUGAGGAUGAGCGUCGAUGGCCAAAGGGAGACUUGUUCGCGCGAGAGAUCAUCGGUGGGAUGUUGGACAAGGGACCAGAGGUCAUCAAGCGGCAGGGAAGAUGGGAGAAGCAUGAUAGGAGGGUGGAAGGGUUCAGGAAGAAGUGGGAGAAGUUCGACUGGACGGCAGUCUUGAUGGAGCCGCAGUGA